AUGGCUCUAAAUCAAAGCUAUUUUUCCCGUCCAGGCCGAUCAAGCAGCAAAACACUAAAAAUCCUCAAAGGCGGAUAUCUGUCUUUAAUGGCAAGCCACGAAAUGCUGAAAGGAAAAGGUAUAACCAUAUCUGAACUCAACAAAAUCUCUGAAAAAUCGACCACGAAAGACCCCAAAAAAGUUGCAGUUAUAGACGAAAUAUAUAAUGUAACUACUUAACUAGCCAAGAUAA